AUGACACAAAAAAUUGGAGUGGAUAAAGUUGCAUGUAGAUGUGUGAUAAGAAGCACACAUGGUUUACCUUGUGCACAUGAAAUUGCAGAAUUAAUGAUGGAGGGAAGACCAAUUCCUUUAUCAUUUGUGCACCCUUAUUGGACAAAAUUAGAUUUAGUGAAUACUGUUGAUCUGUCCUCAGUGUUAACAAUUGAUCCAGAGUUGGAAAGUCUUUAUAAUAUAUUUCAAUCAGAACCAGAAGGAGGUAAAAUCGUAUUAAAACAGAAGUUGAGAGAAUUAAUAGAUCCAGCUACGACUUCAUUGAUCCCACCAAGUGUGAAAGUUCGGACAAAAGGUAAGCCAUCAUUAAAAAAGAAAAUUGAAGUUGAUACAUCCACUCGACGUGAUCCAUCAUAUUUUGAAAUAGUACAGUCUAUUCAUGAUAGCAUAUCUCCAACAAUACAAAGCUCAGUUAAGACACUGAAUGAAGGUAAACUUUAUCGUACCAGUGUCAAACAGAGAUUGCUAGGCUAUGAUGCUUCAUUCCCAUCAAAAAUACGUCAUUUUAUACAUAAUAUUGUUAAUGUGGAGUCGGAUGGACAUUGUGGAUUUCGUGCUAUUGCUGUGUUACUUGGAAUGAGUGAGCACAACUGGAGGGAUAUUCGUAUGAAUCUGAUUGGAGAGUUGCAUACCUUUCGUGAUGAAUAUAUAGAGUUAUAUGGAUCUACUAUGCGUGUAGAUGAGUUAAUGCACGCACUUUCUUGCUUUGAGUGUGUUGCACCUCCUCAACAUUGGAUGACUUUACCUGACAUGGGUCAUUUGAUUGCUUCAAAAUAUAAUGUUGUGUUGGUUCAUUUAUCUCGAAUGCAGUGUCUUACUUACCUUCCAUUGAGAUCAGCUGCACCUUCAGUUAUACAACAUAGAAUUAUUACUAUUGGAUUUGUGGAUGAUUGUCAUUUUGUACAGGUAUUUCUUAAAUCAGGUUCACCAAUUCCUCCUGUUGCACGCAAUUGGCAUAAAUAUCGAUAUGAUAUUGCACGUGAAUGGGAAACACCAUAUAUAACUCGAAUUCAAGUAUUUAUGUCUCUUAUUAACAAAAAUGUUAUUACAAAAGAUGUUUUUGAUUUAACUGAUGACUGA